UCGCCCCACAUUGCCCGCGCCCCGCGCGCCCGCGGUGAUCGGGCGUCCACUGCCCCACGCGCGCUCCCCCGCUGCUCCCCCGCCGUACGUAUAAUGGCCCCGGCCCCAACUCCUGUUCCUCCUCUCUCACCGCCACCGCACCCCCAACAGACACAACCGGCAGCGGCCGAGGAGCCCUAGGGCGUGGUGAAGUGCGACGCGGAGUGGUACUGCGUCACGCCGGAGGUAGCACAGGGGCGACACGCGCGGCGCUAUGGAUGCGAAGAAGGUGCGGGCUGGCUUUGAAACCCCCCGUUGCGAUUUGUGCUUCGGCUGAUGCGUAUUACGGAUUCCGGAGUGUGGAUUGAUGGGCUCGGCCCCGUCGUCGCGUGUCCAGGGCUCGGGGGAGGCGCCGUUCUUCACGGAGUACGGCGAGGCGAGCCGGUACGAGGUCAGCGAGGUGGUCGGCAAGGGCAGCUACGGCGUGGUGGCCGCCGCCGUCGACACCCGCACCGGCGAGCGCGUCGCCAUCAAGAAGAUCAACGACGUCUUCGAGCACAUCUCCGACGCCACCCGCAUCCUCCGCGAGAUCAAGCUGCUCCGCCUCCUGCGCCACCCGGACAUCGUCCAGAUCAAGCACAUCAUGCUGCCGCCCUCCCGCCGCGAGUUUCGCGACAUCUACGUCGUCUUCGAGCUCAUGGAGUCCGACCUCCACCAGGUCAUCAAGGCCAACGACGACCUCACACCCGAGCACCACCAGUUCUUCCUCUACCAGCUGCUCCGCGGCAUGAAGUACAUCCACGCUGCCAAUGUCUUCCACCGGGACCUCAAGCCCAAGAACAUCCUCGCCAACGGCGAUUGCAAGCUCAAGAUUUGCGACUUCGGCCUUGCUCGGGUGUCUUUCAACGAUACCCCUUCCGCGAUAUUCUGGACGGAUUAUGUGGCAACAAGAUGGUAUCGUGCUCCAGAAUUAUGUGGCUCCUUCUUUUCAAAGUAUACUCCCGCGAUUGAUAUUUGGAGCGUAGGUUGCAUAUUUGCUGAAAUGCUUACAGGGAAGCCUCUCUUUCCUGGCAAGAAUGUGGUACAUCAAUUGGAUCUCAUGACUGAUCUACUAGGCACUCCUUCAGCAGAAACAAUGUCCAGGAUUCGAAAUGAAAAAGCUCAACGAUACUUAGGUAACAUGAGAAAAAAGCCUCCAGUUCCUUUCACCCAGAAGUUUCCUGGUAUAGACCCAAUGGCUCUUCAUUUGCUUGAGCGUCUACUUGCUUUUGAUCCAAAGGAUCGACCAACUGCUGCAGAGGCCUUGACAGAUCCAUACUUCACUGGAUUAGCAAAUUCUCAACGUGAACCCAUAACACAACCCAUCUCGAAACUUGAGUUUGAGUUUGAAAGAAGGAAGCUGGCCAGAGAUGACGUCCGGGAAUUAAUAUACAGAGAGAUUUUAGAGUACCAUCCUCAGAUGCUGCAGGAGUAUCUUUGUGGUGGGGAUAAGGCAAACUUUGUGUACCCAAGUGGGGUGGAUCGUUUCAAGAGGCAAUUUGCUCAUCUCGAAGAAGGUGCUGCUAAGGGUGAGAAGACUAGCCCACAGCUGCGGCAGCAUGCUUCCUUACCAAGGGAAAAAGUAAAUGGCAACGGGAAUGAGCUUGAGAAGCCAAAUGCAGAUUACUUCAUAAAAUUGCAUGUAUGUGAGCAACCAGCACAAGCAUCAGUGACAGAUGGCCUGAGCAAGCCACUCUUAAAUGCCCGUAACUUUUUGAAGAGUGAAAGCAUCGGUGCUUCCCAGUGCGUUGUCAUCAAACAAAAGCGAGACAAAGAUGAGGAAUCUGAGGAUAUGAACGCUGUCGAUGGUGUGCCACAGAAGAUUGCUCAACUCAGAACCUGACAAUCUUAAGGUACACGCAAGAUCGAUCUGUACAGCGACGUGUGCAUGCAUAGGGGAACUUCAGAAGGCGGAUGCUACGAUCUGUAGAUUAAGUAGCUACAUUUUUUUUUAUGAAAAGUGCGUCGUGCUGUAGUACUUCCCCUUCAUCCUUUUCUAGGAGCUAAGAUAUAUUUGACUUCAGCUCCAGAUUUUCCUCGACAGAAUUUCUGUGUCUGUGAUCUCAUUAGCUAGUGAAUUGAAGUACGUAUUAGACUAGUUGUUUUGAUCGCAACGUCUGUAAUGUUAUUUCA